UCAUGUCGUCGUUGCUCCAAUGCCGUUCCUGGUCGUGGACGGAAAAGAAGUGCCCAUCGAUGAGGCUGCCUUGGACUACCUCUUGAGCCCACCAUCGGAAUCGGAUGAUGAGGUGACAGCUGCUGCGCCCAAAGCAGUGCCCAAAGCUGCUCCAAAAACUGCAAAAGAGACCGCUUCCAGAUGGAAGCGCGUCACAAGGCCCAAGGCCAGGGAAGCCAUCACUGCCGAGGUGCAGGCUGAGCAACGUCGACUCAUUGCUGGCGGUCGACACAUAGUGGUGACACCACCAUGCAUGUGGUGCGGGCUGCCAACGGGGUGUUUCUGCGAUCAAUGCAGAAAACCAGUGUGCACAGUCUGUGACAAAGCGCUGGGGCAGUGUGUGGAAUGCUGUUGUAAGAACAUGAAAUGCACAGAGGGACAGGCGCGGCAGCAUGCAGCCCUGGUCCUCAAAGAGUUCCUUCCGAAUAGCGAAGAUGUCGGCGCCAAUGUGUACCCAGCUUUUCGGGAGCUGUCCUUCCAAGAGCAGGCGAGGAUCUUCCUCGAGAGUGGGAUCCCAAUCGACCCGCAUGCGCAGCUGCAGCGGCGCCGCCAAGAGCUGCGAGAGCCAGAAACGAGACCGCGGCAGCUGACAGCUGAGGAGGCGGCCAGACUUGAGGAGGCAAGAAGGCAACGUGCUCAAGCUGCAGCUGCACAGCAGGAGGCGCAGCGGCAACGUGCGAUCCAAAAAGCCCAAGAAGAAGCGAAACUUGUGGCGCAGAUUGAUGCUCAGAACACACUGGCAUCGGCCGCGCGGAAGGAUCGAAGGAAAGGUGCUGGGUCGGCCCCUAGUCAGCCUUCACACCCUGCUGAAGAAGUUGAAGGCGCCAUCGUGGAGGUGGAGGAGGCAGAGCUGAGCAAAGCACAGAAAAGGCGUGAGCGCCAACGUGCCAACCGCGCAGCUGCAGCCCAAAGAAAAGAUUUGCAGCGUGAGAAGAUUGCCAAGGAGCAGUUCCUACGUGAAACAGCUCAGGGGUUCACAGAGAGGCAGAUGCCGUUGGAACCAACAGAACCAAAGUGCAAGGAACGAAAGAGCAAACCGACUCAAGCGAAAGACUUUGCUGAGAACGAGCUUGCAGAGGACCUCCUCAUCGGGCUGUGGCAGGCCAAAUUGAGAGAUCCCGGACGCGACAUGUCAGCAGGAUCUGCAGAUCAGUGAGAACCUGGCUAUCCCUGGGUGCCGAAUGGUGCCGAGGGCCUGGCUCACCUUUGAAGAGGUCAGCCGAGGCGAAUCGAUCUGCAGCGGCGCUCGUGAGUGGAGGACAUGGUUUAUGGCUUCGACUGCUUCUCAACAGAUCUAUGUCCAGCAAGGGCAAAGGGGACCCAUAUCAAUGACGUUGGUGUGCUGGCAGACGCCAAUUUUCCAGCCAACUUCAGUGAUUCGAGGGAACCGCCGCACUUCUGGAAGGAUUUGGGUUGCCACAAGCCAUAGGCUUUGGCAGCAUGCCGAAAUGGAUGCAGAACCGAGAACGUCAUGGAGAUGGGACAGAUGCUGACAGUAUCGAUCGGAGUAGAAA